AUGCCGCCUUCUGCGCCGUUGGCACGCUACCAGGAGCCGGCCAGCGACGAUGGCCGAUUCGGGAACACUUACCUUCGCUGGACUCUCCUUCACACCCUGAUCGUGAUUACAUUGUGUUCCAUGCCUGUGUGGUUGCAUUUUGCCCUUCCAAAACAGGUCGCGUACGUCAAUGUAGGUGGAAUGGCUUUCUUCAGCGUGAUUUGGGUGAUGAUCGCAGGUAAUGCCAUUUUAAACUAUGUCCGGAUGACGAGAAAUACGAUCCCGGCAAAUCUGCCACAUUGUGCUGUGGUCGGGUCACAAGAAGAGUGUGGCCGCCGGUUUCGGCACAUUGUCAUCGUGCCGUGUUACCUUGACCCCAUCAAUGUACUUUUCGACUGCCUCGGUUCGCUCCUCUCGCAAAGGCACCCAGAGAGCUUGGUCGUCGUUGUGGCUUUUGAGAAGAAGACCCCCGAUCUGCAGCAGAAGAUCGAGACGGUGAGGACAGCCUUCCAGGGCCGCUUCGGCGAGUUGCUGCUCACGGUGCACACGAUUCAGUGGGCCAGGGAGAUCCCAGGAGGAUGCUCCAACAAGAACUUUGCCUUGCACACUGUCCAGCAACAUGUCUCGAUGGAUCCCAGAUAUCAGGAGACCUCCUAUACGGUUACGACCUGCGAUACCGACACCUUGUUUAGCCCGCAUUACUUCGAGGUGCUGGAGAAGGCGUACAACGAGGAGAACCCCCCUAGCUCGAGUCGACCGGUGAAGCUUUGCGUUUGGCAAGGUCCCCUGUUUUACAACUGGAACUUGGACCAGCGACCCUUCUUCAACCGCAUCACGGGCAUCAUGCGCUCGCUCAUGAUGCUAGGGGGCCUGAUCUCCUUCAACCUGAACCCCAUGUCCGUCUUCUCCUAUCCCCUGGAGCUGGGCCAGAUGGCGGGGUUCAUCAACCCAAGGUACAGCGUGGACGAUAUCAUCUUCCUGGUUCGUGUGAUGUGCAGCGCCCAGCAAGGGAUUCCGGUGAAGCUGCUGAGAGCCCCGGUGAUCUCGGGGCCUACCAUCGGGACCACUUGGUGGGAGGAGGUAGAUGAGUGGGCAAGGCAGAUUCGUCGGUGGAUCAUCGGAUCCUCCGAGAGCUUUCACUACUUCUUGACGCACUAUCGUGGCAGGCCCUUCUUCGCGGGGCUCAGGUGGUUCGUGAUGUUCUUCGUCUACUAUGCCAUCCUUCUCUGUUGUGCAGGUCUCUUCACGGCGGCGGCUGCAAUUCCGCUCCCUGGUGCCGUCUGGCCGCACCCCUGGCUUCGAUACGCUGGAGUUGCUGCGCUGGCGAUCCAGUAUGUGGUUUUCGGCAUCGCCUUUGGUAUCGAUCGGUGUGCCGUCCGCUACAUGACCGUGAAGGAGAACGUGAGUUGCUGUCGCAACUUGCUCCACUGGCUGGUCGCACCGAUUGUGCUGCUGGUCUACAGCUUGGUGGCCUUCUAUGCCGUGGUGAAGUUCGCAUUCCGGAGCAAGAAGGAUGCAGGGCACGUCAUGGCAGCCAAGGAGGGCUUCCAGGCCGUCACAGCCGUCCUCGACCAGGCGCCCAGCGAAAGCACCGAAGCUGAGAGCUUCCACAGCCACUGCGAGCAAGUCGGCCGGCAAAAUCCCUUGGACCGGCGGCCGGUCACAGGCUUGAGAACCUGCACAAGGCCACCUUUGAGCUACGCUUCUCUGUCUUACCAGGCAGACCAUGAGGGAACCCUGUCCUUCGAAGUCCAGCAGCGUGCCAUGUCCUUUCCUCUCCACGGAGGUCCAAACCUGGGCAGUGACGGAGUGAACCGCAGCGAGGGCGAGGGCAACGAGGGCAAAGAGCUGCAAGCCACUGACAUGAACGUGUCCGAGGACGGCAAGGUGCUCUGCCACCUUCCAGACAGCUUCUACUUUGGCACCAUGAGCUUCCCAACGGCACGGGAGAGCCAGGAGACAGGGACGUCUCCCCCGCGAACGCAUCUCUAUGGACUGUGA